AGCGUUGCGUCAUUCGUCGGCGCCGGAAGUUUGGGCGCGCAGGUCCGGGCGAGGCUGAGUCGCCAUGGUGUCGGACGAAGAUGAAUUGAACCUAUUGGUCAUCGUAGUUGAUACCAACCCAAUUUGGUGGGGAAAGCAAGCACUGAAGGAGUCUCAGUUUACUCUGUCGAAAUGCAUCGAUGCCGUCAUGGUGCUGGGGAACUCGCACUUGUUCAUGAACCGCUCCAACAAGCUCGCCGUGAUAGCCAGUCACAUCCAGGAGAGCCGAUUCUUGUACCCUGGGAAGAACGGAGGCCCCGGCGACUUGAUGGGCGACCCCAGCAACCCACCUUCUGAGUUCAACCCCUCAGGGAGUAAGGACGGGAAGUACGAGCUGCUAACAGCAGCCAAUGAAGUCAUUGCUGAGGAGGUCAAAGAUCUGAUGACCAAGAGUGACAUAAAGGGUCAGCACACGGAAACGCUGCUGGCGGGGUCCCUCGCCAAAGCUCUCUGCUACAUUCAUAGAAUGAAUAAGGAGGUAAAAGAUAACCAAGAAAUGAAAUCAAGGAUAUUGGUGAUCAAGGCCGCAGAGGACAGCGCGCUGCAGUACAUGGACUUCAUGAACGUCAUCUUCGCUGCCCAGAAGCAGAACAUUCUGAUCGAUGCCUGCGUCCUGGAUUCUGACUCGGGGCUGCUCCAGCAGGCCUGUGACAUCACCGGGGGGCUGUACCUGAAGGUGCCUCAGAUGCCGUCCCUGCUGCAGUACUUGCUGUGGGUGUUUCUCCCCGACCAAGACCAGCGGUCUCAGCUGAUCCUCCCGCCCCCGGUUCACGUGGACUACCGGGCCGCGUGCUUCUGCCACCGGAACCUCAUCGAGAUCGGCUACGUGUGCUCCGUGUGUCUGUCCAUUUUCUGCAGUUUCAGCCCCAUCUGCACGACGUGCGAGACGGCCUUCAAGAUCUCUCUCCCGCCUGUCCUCAAGUCCAAGAAGAAGAAAGUCAAAGCGUCUGCCUGAGCGCCAGCCAGGAAGCGUCUGGGAUGCAGGCAGCUGCAGGGACGAGCCGGCAGCCCGUGGAAAGGCUGUGCCGCCUGCUCUGCGCGGGGCGCGGGGCGCGGGGCGGCUUGAGGGUGCAGCCCUCUGAGAGGUCCUGGCUGCAGUCUCCUCGUCACGGCCCUCGCUACAGAAUGCCUGCGGACUCUGUUUUAUUUGUUCCAUUGUUAGGGGGGUCCCGCUGCACAUGCUGGGGGCCCUCGGUGACGGGCGGAGGUGGAGACGCCCCGUGGCUGUGCCUGGACGCAUACCCAGCUGUUUAUCGAGCAUCCUUUGGAGUGGGAUGUUGUCCCCAGUAGGAUUCUUUCCGUUUUGGGGCCGAGUGGUAGCACGGUGGCUAGGGGGUUUGCCCUGCACGCACUUGACCUGGCUUCCGUCCCCAGCACCCUCUACAGUCCCCGGAGCACUGCCAAGUGUGGCCCCAAACCAAACCGACCCUUUUUCUUUUUGAAAAAGGAAGAAAAAGCAUUGAUGGCAGAGUGCCGACCUUUGGGAGGUCUGGGCUCAACACCGAAAACUCCAAAAGUUUAUUUGUGAUCUCAGCAGUGAAAAUCCAGGGGCCAAUGAGCUCAGGUGCUGCAGUCUCCGCCUUCAGCGGGGAGGUGCCAGCCCUGUGCCGCCCCGCCAGGACUGACCCUGUGGGCAGAGGCAGGAAUAAGCCCCGAGCACAGCAGGGUGUAGGCACUCCCCCCCCCCAAAAAAAAUUAUUUUUUCUAUGUAACGAAGUGCUUAAAAGGCCUUUUAAAUUCCAGCCAGCACAGUGUAGGAACGGUUUUCAGAAAUGGUGAUUGGUUUGGUUUUAAAUACUAAGAUUUGUUGUUUCGUUUAAAAGUAUGUUGUGUACGAGACUUUAUAAAUAAAAUAAGUAAGUUUUCUCUUAACCAUCUGAGGAGCUAAGUUAUGUUUGAAUAAUCUGAUGUUUGGUUAGAUCAUUCAUAUUUGAAUUUAUGUUUUGUAACAAAUGCACAGAUUUUGGUAGUAACAUGGCAAGUUUUUGUCAGUCCUGGAGAUAGGGAAUGUUUUCCUUACAAAAAGUACUUGGUAUUUCAUUGCCUAAUUAAGUGUAAUGGAAGUCCACAUUUUUGUUUAGGGAGUAAGGUAUCCCAUUGCUUAGGAGAUGAAUAACCUCAACAUGCUGAUAAGGUUUUGUUAUAACCUUUUCAAUUAAAAUCUGUUUUCUGGCUUAGUUCUGGUUUAUUUUUAAUGUAUUUAUGCCUUAUCUUAUACGAAUUUUUAUAAUUAAAAUUUUUAUAUUUCCUUGAA